GUUGCGUUUGUUUUAUCACAUUCCCUUUUACGCUUUUGCGGGCUGCUAAAAUGAACAAAGUGGUAUUACAAUCUGACCGCAUUGCUGCUGCAAACCUUGAGAAACGGCGGACCAGAGAGCUUCAGCGAAAAGAAAGGAUUUUCAAUGAAAGAGUCCGAACGAUAGGAGUUGAUAAAGAUGCUCUGGAUUACCAAGUGAAGGAAAGAAGAGGGAGAGAAGAACAAGAGGCAGAAAUUCUGAAUGCUUAUGCCGCAGACCUACUGCGCCAUGACCAGGCGGCCUGUGUGCUGGAGAGCAGAGAGAUCAGGGACAGGCGCCACCUGGAGGAAACCAUACAGCAUUUCCGCCAGGUCUUCCAGCAGCCCACAAGCCGCCGGGAGUUUGACCUGAACGACCCUGACCUGCUGAAGAAGGAGGAAGGGGGUCAGGUGCUGCAGGGCCUGGCAGGAGAGGACCCAGGCAGCAAGGACCGAAUAAAGAGGCAGCAGGAACAGCUAAGAGAGUGGUCCUUACAACAGCAGCGGGAGCUGGAGACAGCCAGGCAGCAGCAAAGACACGCAGACCAGCAAUAUGACCAGGGCAGAGUCGCUCUGGACACCAGAGCCACCGAGCUGCAGAAGAUCCAGGAGCAGCAGCAGAGAGCUUUAACCGUCGCCACCAAGGACUUCAACUUGGCCAAGGCGGCAGAGGUAGCAGAACAGCGGCAAAGGCAGUGGCAGCAGGAGGAAGAGGACAAGAGCGUGGAGAUCCAAAACCAGCUGCAGACUCUGGAGCUGAACGAGCAGGAGGGGAGCGCCAGCGUGCUGGGCCUGGCCCGUCUGUGGCUCAACAAGGGCCUGAGCGCUGAGCACCACAAGCACAUCAUCGACUUCCAGCUGCAGCAGGCCGAGGAGAAGAAGAGGGUCAGCAUGGAGCGGCAGCAACGAGAGCUGCAACAGGACGAGAGCCGGGUGGUCUCGGCCCGAGCCGCCAUACUGCUGGAGCGACAGCAGGCCCGCACCGCCAGGCAGAUGCGCCGUGACGUGGACAACACCAAUGCUCAGCUGGCCGAGGCUCAGCACACACAGAAAAAGUACCUUGAGAAAACUUUGAGCAGCAAUGUUCCAGACGAACGCUACUUCUCCCAGUUUAACACCACUAGUCGAUAAAAGAUCUACAGUAUCCCUCUACACUGCAACUGCUAAUCUCACAGGAGUGGAGUGAAAAUAAAGAAUGAACUGUCUUCUGGAAGGAUUCUGCAUGGACAUAAUGGAUGGAAGCAGGGAACAAGCUUAAGCUAUAAUCAACUGUUUUCUGGUAAAUCUCAAGUUAUGGUACUAUAUUGGUUUCUCGAUUAAAUGAAAUAAAAUUCAACUGAACUUGUCACUGAUCCUAGUAAGACUGGUCAUGCUGGUGAUUGGAGAGAGCUCUUAGGAUAGAUGUUAACAUCACAGGAACAACUGAAUCACACCUGUCCUUCUGUCAGCUCAAGUCUGGCUGAGCCUAACAGCAGAUGAAUCUUGAUCUGUCUGGACAACAAAGGUUGUUUGAAUGAAAAUAAAAUACAUUCUCCGAGGGUUUUCCUAUUCA